AUGGCCACGUAUAAGGCUCAGAUGAGUGUGCAGACCAGCUGCGAGGCCACAUGGUGUCGGUUCUUCCCUACCACACUGAAAGGGCUCGCGCUAAAUUGGUUCCAAGAGUUGCCGGCCGGAAUCAUCACCGAUUUCGCCGUGCUCGAGGAUAUGUUUACCCAUCAGUUCGUGGCCGGAAAGAGGCAAAAGAAGACUAGCUUACACCUCAUGGGGGUCAAGCAAGAGAAGAAUGAAAGUCUAGCCGACUACAUAAAAAGAUUCAAUGAAGAGUCCCUGAAAGUAUCCGACCUGCAGGAUGUCGUGGCCUUCGCUGCUCUCAUGUCCGGAUUACAACCUGGCCGGCUAAGAUGGACAUUGGCUGAGAGUGAAGUCAAAACCUUUUCAGAGGCCAUGGCAAAGGCUCAAAGGUUUAUCCAAGCGGCGGACAUUUGCCGUCACUCGGAAGAAGGAAGUAAGAAGAGGAAGGAAGAAGGAAAUAACAGAGAUCAGCCCAAACAGCAGAAAACGGGCGGUAGGUCGGAUAGUUCACUGAUCAUGGAAACGACCCUCGUUUCAAUAAGAACCGAAGAGAAAUAUACCUGGACAUCAAGCACAAGUCCAUGCUGCCUAACCCCCAACCCGUCCGGACCUCAGCCUACCGGAGGGACAAAAGCCAGUGGUGUGAGUACCACCGGGAAUGUGCUCAUACCACAAAGGAUUGUAGGGAACUGA